UUCAACAAACACUUCUUGACACCUCUGUGAGUGCACAAUAAAUAUGUCUGAGGACAAGAAGAUUUGGUCCCUGACCUAAAAAGCCUGACAGCUGAGAAAAGGACAACAGAUGCAGAAAUGUGGCCAUCUCUCAUGAUGGUGGUGACCAAGUUAGCUAUGUUGGCUAUGGUGCCAUAGGAAUGAAGGGAGGGAUCUGGAGAAGGGUCUGACCUGAGUAUGAAGAACUGAACUUGGUUCAGGUGUGAGAAAUAGGGUGUGAAGUCUUCCUGGAUGAAGGAAUGAUGUCAGGCAAGCCCAGGGUGAGUAAUGGUUGAGUGCCUAUGCCGCAGUGCCAUCCAGGGGUAAAGGACAAGGCCCUGGCUGGCAGGAGGGAUGCUAACCCCAUGGAAGGGAUUUAAUCAGGGGAGCUACUUUGUCAAAUCAGCAUCUACAGAACCCACUGGCUUCAGGGAAGAGGAUGGCUCUGAAUGUGGGGGAGCUGGGACUGCGGGCAGAGAGAGGUUCCUUAGGGCACAGAUGGCCAGGCAGUUGACUAGAGCAGGAGAGGGGAGAAAGAGGAUUGAGGAGAGUGGAGGAAGUAUGAUGGGCAAAGUCUAGAGAUAGAUUGGAUGUGAGAGGACUCAGGAGGAGAGAGUAAUUAAGGGAUGACUUGUAGUAGAAUAGGUAAGAUUUAGAGCUAAUAAUCACAUGUAAGUAAAAUAUGUGGAAAGACGUACAAACCUUAUACAGAUACUAUGCCAUCAUCAUCAUUUUUCUCCCCCUGGCCACUGCACUUUGAAACUUACCAAGCUUUUGAGUUCGUGUCACCCAAAUCCUGUGUUGGGAUUGCAUCGUUUCUGUUUGCUUGUUUGUUUGUUGUAUUUUGUCUCCCAAGGCCUCUGAAGUCCUUGCCCCUCUGCCUGUCUGCCUUCAAGGAGGGAGCUCUCCCACUUUGGGGUGAAGGUGGCUACUAUCCAGCUUAGUUACUUCAAGACCGGCAUGAGUAGGAAUGAGAGUUGUUUCACAUGGCUUCCCUGAAGAAUGAGAUUAGGCAACCCAGAGGUCAAGGAGAUCUGUGGGGAGAAGAUCCUGGAUCCUGUGAGUGAGCUGUGGACCAAGGAGAGAGAAAUAAAACAUUGUCUGGAAGCCUGGGUCCAUCAUCAGCGCCUCCUGAGGUCUCAGGUUCAUGCUUCAGGCUCUGAAUCACCCACACAGUGGGGACUUUUAGCUUCGUCCCAUGGUCCCAUGUGAUCAACUGGUAACCUAAGGAAAGGAUCCAGGCUUGUUAGACCUGGGGACCACAGGCUCAUCUGAACCCCUCACUAUGUUGAGGAGGAAACUGAAGCCAGAGAGUGAAGACACUCCUGGACUCAAGGCAAGCUGGUAGAGCAGCUGGUUUUCAGGUCCCUAGAUGUCGAGGGUUUGUAGAGAUCUCCUAUUUAUGCAGUGCACAUAUUCCCGGGAAUCAAGUCAGAGGAGGCCUAAUGUGGAGAGUGUUCCCGGGGUAAGAGUUGGGGCACACUCCAAUGACAUCCAUGGAUUCCAUUUGAGCAUUAUUUGGGGGCACCCAGGAAUUUCAUCUGCUUAGAUUUCUAGUGUUUAUGGAAACAUCCAAUUGAUGUUGUGCAGAUAUCCCAGGAAUAGAGCCAGAGGUGGCUUAGUGUGGAGCACUUGUUCUUGGGGUAAGAGUUGGGGACUCCACGGGGAAUUUGGAUAGGUUGGAUUUGGAGCAUAUGUUUAGAGAAGCCCAAGAAUCUUUGGAAUUUUAUUCCCAAACUAGAGCAGUGAAUUGCAGAAGAGGAAUGGGGAAGUGUAUAAGGACCCUGUCUCAUCCUGAACAGACAUAAAAAUAACUGAAAAUAUUUUGAAAAAAAUGCAGAUUGAAUUUACCUUUACUGACAGACUGCACGGAACAUGCUCUGACCGCUUGCUACCCCUGUACCUGAUACCCACCUGGCUGGCAUGCAAAGCUCUUCUACCUCCCCAAGAGCUACAUGCCCUCCUUCCUGGUGGAUGCCAGGAACUACUGGAUAUGCCUAAAGUCUGCUAAGGACCUGUGAAGCUAGGACUGUGGUGCCUGGGGGUCUAGUUGGGGUGCUGUGUGAGGAGUGAUGUUUCACCGGGAGGGAAAUAGGGUGGAGGGAGAGAGCUCUCCGGUCUCUAGGGCGAUGUAGCUAACCCUCCUCCUCACCUCUGCCCCAGUUUUCUCCUGGGGACUCUGGGGAUAUUAGGAGGAUAGAACCAAGUUUUGCAGCUGAGGAACAGGGACCUAAGGGCACACAUCUUUGUCCUGUUACUUAAAUGGCCUCUCCAGGGUCUAAGCCUCAUGGCUCUCCUGCCCCCAUGAAGAAUCUAUACUUUUUGGAGGGUAUGAGCAGCUGGGAAGGGGACUCAGCCCCACCUUAGCCUGCUCUGCCUUUGUCCUCCUCCUCAGGGUGUGCCUUGGCCUGGCCAGUCUCCCCCUCCCCCAGGAUGGCCUGGAGGAGAUGAAGGCCCCUCUCUACUGAGGAUAUGUAUGGACAGAGGUGGGGAUGUGGAGGGCAACCACCAGCCUGACCCAUAAGCCUCAAGUGCCAACUCAACAGGGAGACCUGUCAUCUGAGAGUGGGUGGUAUUCCCAGCCCUGGGAGGAAGAGCACUCUGUGGGGGUCCUGCAGCCUUCCUAUCCCCUACUCCAUGGCCUGCAUUUUCUGACAUCCGGAGUUUGAGCCCAGGGGAGCACUGGCUUGGCCAGCAGUAGGCAGAGAGGCCCAUGAGAUGGUGAGUCAGUCCCAGGCCUGUGUUGGGGCACUUCCAAGUCAUCGUCUUCCAGAUCCAGAGACAACACCUGGAUCUCACUUGUUUUCUCAAGAACUGGGAUACUCCUGUGCCUGCUCUGACUGCUCCCAGCCAAGACUUCCCUGUUCACUCACCCAGGAGGCAGAGUUGGAAGACGCCUCUCAGAUCCAGUGUAGGAGGUGUUGUGCCUUGGGGUGGGUAUGAAGUAGGUGAGGUUUUUCUUCAUCACUUCCUACCUCCAUCCCAUACAGGAUUAGUCUGCUCCCCUGGGGGAGGGGAGUCCACGAUGUGACCUCCCACGCCUACCACCCUUGGUGUUGAAUGGCCAAGCUCUCUGGCCUUUCUCCAGGUGACACUUGCUUUAUCUAAUUCCGGAGCUGACCAACCUUGGUAGGUAGGUAGGGGAGCAUAGAGAUGUACCCUUUUCUCUUCACUCUAGGGAAAUUUGUGGCCCCGUUUCUGUGUCAGCCCUCUAGACAGGAAAGGUGUGGGCAGUUGGUUCCUCAUCCCUCGUGAUGAGCUGGUGACCAGGCUCGUCCUGAGGCAUGGUGACCCUAGAGGUUUAUCAAAAAGACCACCAUAGACUCCAGCAUCAUUAUGUCCCUGCAUCUUAUGCAAGCCUGGCCAUGGCUCCUACUACUCACACAUUUGUCUCAUUUCCUUACCAGCUUCCUUUCUACCUUUCUGUGAGUUCUUUGCCCCAUUUUCUGGAAUCUCUCCCUCCCCUCCGAUUUUCCAAGUCUCUGGCCCCAGUCCUCUGUUCCUCCCAUACCUCAUCCCCACUCAGAGCCAAGGACUUGGCCCCAGGCCCUUCCUACAGCUACCUUAGAACUCAUGACCCAUCCUCAUCAUCUGGCUGGAUCUUGUCUCAAUCAUGUUCAUGUCAGAACUCUCUCUUUUCCCUUCUUCCCUCACUAUGCCUUAAGUGUCCCCUCUCCUGAUUUCUCUUGCCAUCUGUGGUUCUACCUGUUAUUAGCCCCACACCUUAGAAUCACUUUGACUCCUGCCCUCCCCUCCCUCUGCACACCUAAUUAGCCACUGAGUCAGUUGUCUUCAUAGUCCCUUCCACUGUCACCACCCCUCUUCAGGCUCCUUGGCUCACCAGAUCACCUACUGUGUGCUUGGUCCUGGGGGUAAAAGGAAAUGCCCACUGGGGGCCCUGCCUUGGGGGAGCUGUUGUGUCCUCAGUCCUUGAUUCCCUCCACUUGCGUGGUCACAGGGUAAGGGCAAGAACUGGGGCUUCUUGGAGUGCUGUGGCGGCUCCUCAUUGGUGGCCUGAGUAUCAUCUCCCGAGGACCCAGGCCCUGAGUCCCUCAGCCUUUCUGCUUCCUGGGAGUCGGAAUCUCACCUCAGUAGCCUCCCUUAUAGGAGGGCCCUGCUGCCUCUGGCCUCAGGACAAUGGAGGCACAUCCAUCCUGGGGGAACCCUUUGUUUUUCCUCAUCUCUCGUAAUGCAGAGAGAUUCUUACCUAAAGGCAGAGAAUUCCAAAGAGCUAAUAACCUGGAACUCAUUUCUCUUGGGGUUUGGAGGGCACAAAAUCAAUUUUGUUUGUUUUACAUUAAUGAAUUUGUCUUCAUUUUUUUUCCCUGAAAAUAAAAAUUAAAUUUAUUUACACACUUGGACUCAUGACAAAUGAUUUUGAUCCCUGGGUCAGAGGUGGAGAAUUUUUAGAAGAGCUCUCUGGGCUGAGUCCUCCUUUGUCCUUUGUCAUUUGAACUGCUCAGACCACCCAGGUGAGCCAUCUCUCAAUUCCAACAUCACCACUGCCGUCUUUCCCUACUUGGCACCUUCUCCCAUCAGGGCUAGGGGAGAGAGAGGCAUCCACCAGGGCUGUCCGAGGUGACACAGCUUCAGGUUGGACUUGAAUUUCUUGCAUCUAGGCUAAUUGGUGUGGUGAUGCAUCCACCUAUAAAAAUUAUAGAGUGGCUCACUCAGGGGCCUUGCGUGUGUCACCAGCGGUGGAAGGGAGGAGAACUGUUCUUCUCAGUGGGUUCCAACAGACUGGGGCUCAGAGAACCAGCCUCUCCUGCUGUCUCCUGAGCCUGAUCCUUCUUGGCCAUCACCUCCCCCUGCCCUAUGGCAGCUCUCACGGACCUCUCCUUUAUGUACCGCUGGUUCAAGAACUGCAAUCUGGUCCGCAACCUCUCAGAGAAGUAUGUCUUCAUCACGGGCUGUGACUCGGGCUUCGGGAACCUGCUGGCCAGGCAGCUAGUCGAUCGGGGCAUGCAGGUGCUGGCUGCGUGCUUCACUGAGGAGGGGGCCCAGAAGCUUCAGCGGGAUACUUCCUACCGGCUGCAGACCACUCUAUUGGAUGUCACCAAGACCGAGAGCAUCCGGGCCGCGGCCCAGUGGGUGAAGGACCAAGUGGGCGAGCAAGGCCUCUGGGCCCUGGUGAACAACGCUGGUGUGGCCCUGCCCAGCGGUCCCAAUGAGUGGCUGACCAAGGAAGACUUUGUGAAAGUGAUCAACGUGAACCUGGUAGGACUGAUUGAAGUGACCCUCCACAUGCUGCCCAUGGUCAAGAAAGCCCGGGGCAGAGUUGUCAACAUGUCUAGCUCCGGUGGUCGUGUGGCUGUCAUCGGUGGUGGCUACUGUGUCUCCAAAUUUGGUGUCGAGGCCUUCUCUGACAGCAUCAGGCAUGAGCUCCACUACUUUGGGGUGAAAGUCAGCAUCAUCGAGCCGGGAAACUAUCGGACAUCCAUUCUGGGCAAGGAGGGCAUCGAGAAGCGCAUGCGAAAGCUGUGGGCGCGGCUACCGCAGGAGACCCGGGAUAGCUAUGGAGAGGAGUACUUCCGCGUCUAUACUGACAAGUUAAAAAACAUGAUGCAGUUGGCAGAGCCAAAGAUCAGCGAAGUCACCAACAGCAUGGAGCAUGCCGUUAUUUCCCGGAGCCCCCGCGUCCGCUACAACCCUGGCCUGGAUGCCAAACUGCUCUACAUCCCUUUGGCUAAGUUUCCCACCCCUGUGACAGAUUUCAUCCUGAGCCGGUAUCUUCCAAGGCCAGCAGACAGUGUCUGAGCUGGGGAAGCCCAAGGGUGGUCAGCGGAAUGUAGAGGAGAGGGGUGGGAGAAGGGACUAUGGGGUCCCAAAGGGGGUAUCAGAUGUUCUGGGGGGACACUAUGCUUAGCCGACACCCACUGCUGGGAAAUUUAUGGAUAACUUCUAACAGAGGAUAAGUGCCUCUUCCUACUCGCCGGGGCCCCACAGAAACCUGAAGUGGCCUUUGCAUGUUCAAAGACUUGCAGCGUGGCCCUAAGAACAGAUGUCCCCCAGUCAGCAUAUGGCCUUUCCUGGACCUGGGAAAACCAAGGAGAGGAAAACCAGCUCCUGCUGAAUCGUGAGCCUCCCUGAGUGAUCACCGCCGCUGGGAAAUAUUGUGGGAUAAUCCAGCCCACAGGAGAAUCUCAACCACUUUCCUGCUGGGCCUCUAAAUAUGCAUUAACCUCAUUCACAUAACCCAUUAUUCAAAGUACACAGUAGGGCAGACAGGAAGUGCAAAAGUAUAUCAGGCAAAAGUUUGUAAUAUUUUCUCUCUCUUUAGAUUUCUCUAUCCAUCGGUGAUUGGGAUCCACAGGAAAUAAUAAGCAUUUAUUUAAUCACCAUUGAUUAAUUCUUCAAAUAUUUAUUGAGUGCCUACUACAUACCAGGCAUUGUGUAGGUGCUGGAAGGAUGUAAAGAUGACUAACUCAUCUUUUUAUUGUUUAUUUUGUGUUUUUGGUUUUUAGCACAGUGUCUACUACCAGGGAUAGGACAAACAGUAAUAGAAGAAACAGAAAUCAGAAAAUCACAGUUUUAGAGUUGUGAGGAACCCUAGAGUUCAUCUAAUUCAGUAGUUCUCAAACUUAGUUGUACAUCAUAAUCACCUGGUUAAUUAAAAAUACAGAUUCCUGGGCCUCAAUGUUAGAAAAUCUGAUUCAGUAGGCUUGGGAUGGGGCCCAGAAAUCUGUGUCUGUAACAAGAAGCUAGAUUAUUCUGAUAUACCUGGGCACUCGGGAGUCACUGAUAGUUCCAUAGAAGUAACUAAUGCUCAGAGGAGGAAGUGACCUACCUAAAGCCCCCCAUCUUGGUGGCCAAGACAAAACUCAGGUGUCCGGGUUCCCAGACUAGGGUUUUAGCUAUAAGAAAAUACAUUUCUGAAAUUAGUAAAUAUUGUCAGAUAAGUCAUUGAACUAAAUUAAAAAAGAAAGCCUUAGACUUCUGAGUCAUAUGAGCUUCUAUUGAAAAGACUUUUUUGAUCUUGAGAAAUAGUCAUGUAAUAAAGGUCAAACGUGAGAUUUUUUAAGAAAAAAUGUCUUUAAUUUGUUUCUUCAACAUCUGGCUGAACUUGAAAAUAAUAAAAUGUAACUAAUUACAUCCACAACAGACCAUGUUUCCAAACAAGGUAACGUUCACAGUUUCCAGGAAUUAGGGUGUGGACAUAUCUUUUGGGGGCCACCAGACAAUCUGCUGAGUCUGUUAUGUGCAACACUUCUAUUUCUGGCACCAAAUUCUAUACCAGGUGGGAUGCAUUGAGCAGCAAGUAACAGAAAAGCCAACUCACAUUGAUUUAAACAAUAGAGAAAGAAUUAGAGCAGGACCCUGUAGGUGAAUGAUGGCACCAAGGAUGCAGGUUCCUUCUCCUUCUUUGCUCUGCCAUCCAUAGUUUUGGUUUUAUCCUAAAUCCGAUUAUCUUUAUUGUUGUGGUAUGACUGCCAGUGGCAAUGGGAACUCUGUGCUUCCUUGCUUGCAGUUUAUAGAAGAAAGAGCCUGUCUUCCAUGGCAUUAAAGAUUGAGGAAAUUUCUUCCCCAGAGCCCUUGCCAAGGCUCUCUUUGAGUCUCAAUGACUCACAUUGGCUUAGGUUUGUCCAUCCCCGAACCAAUCACUCACAAGGGGGCAAAUUGCCAUGAACUGUUUCACUUAACCAUGGAACAGGAUGGGAACACUGGGGAAUCAGUCGCAGUGCCUACUGCCCUGGAAAAUUCAAAACUCAGACUCUGCUAUUGAGAGGGUUGAAUCUAGGUCAAAAAUAAAUUUUCUCUGUUGGAGACACAAAAAUUUACCAGAGGGAGACUAUGGCUAGGUAAUAUUUUGAGGUAUUUAUCUACACAUUUUCGUUGCUCCUUGGUUUCUUAUCUCCCUUUUCCCCACUCAAGUAGGGAGCCAGUGCAGUGCUCCUUUACCUGCAGGGAGAUAUUUGACAGAAUGGAACAAGCACAUUUCCUGCACUUUGUCCAGCGUUAGUUUUCCCCAACCUUAAUACCUUUAGAAGAAUUACAGGAUUUGGGGAAAGAAGACAAAGGAAUGUGACUUGUGGGCAUCCACAACGUCUCAGACUAGCAGGGCCUUUCUCCUAAGACAAGGAGAUUCACUCUGGCUGAGGAGAGAAGCGGGUGAGGUUUGGAACUCCCAGAGCAGGAGGGACCGGGCUUCACUUUCUGGAAGUACAUCGGGGAGAUGGCAAGAUUCAAGAGAGUCACAGCUGCAUCGUGUGUUUAGGCUGAUGAGACCCUGGGUGACCUCACUGAAGAUUCAUGUGUCCCACCACGGCAGGAAGGCAGGAGAGAUUCACCAGAUAGAAAGGGCACGUAGACUGGGACAGCAGACGUUUGAGAAAUAAGCUGUGCAGAUAGAAGACCUAAUUUUUUGCUCUGAGGGCUAUCCCGCCACCCCAUCAUUAAUAGUUGAGGUAUUUUUUGAGGACUAAGAUUCUUAUCUGCUCCAAUAUUACAUUUCAGUUUAUUUCAUAUUAGGAUCAUAACUUUUCCUGUAUAGCUUUUUUAUUUUCCUAGAGUUUUGAAUUGCCUUUCCUUUUCUUAUUCACUCAUUCAGCCUCUUUGUCAAAUAUUCUCCACAUUUUUUUAAACAGAGGAGUAAUGUGAUCUGAUUUAAAUUUUAAAAAGAUUACUGUAGGGCUUCUGUGGAAAUGAGGGGGCAAUGGUGGAAUCAAGAAGACUUCCAAGGGGACCACUGCAUAAUCCAGCAAGAUACGAUGGUACCCUAGGCGAAACUGGUGAUAACGGGGAUGAUGAGAAUGGAUGAAAUCAGCAUACAAUUUGGAGGUAGUACCACUGAAGGAUUUUAAUGAGUUAGUCUGUCAAGAAGAAUUUAUUGUGCUCCUACUAUGUGCCAGGCGUAGUUCUAGAUGCUGGAAUUAUAGUGGUGGACAAGGUAGACAGAGUCCCUGCCCUCCAAGAGUUUCUAUUGUGAUGGGGGAGGAAUUGGGCAAUAGGCAUCUAAAGAAAUGAAUGACAUAUUUUAGAAACUGAUAAAUGCCAUUGAGAAGAGAAAAUAGAGAAAUGUAAUAGAUGACCAGGGAGGCUGCUUGCUUUUUUUUUUUUUGAAACAAACGUUAUUGAAGUGAAAUUGCUAUAAAACAAAAUUCAUCCUUUUAGCUGUAAAUUUUGAUGAGUUUUUACGUAUGAAUCCACCUGUGCAAUCACCACCAUCAAGAUGGAGAAUGUGUCUCUCAUCCAGAAGGUUCCCUGGUGCCCCUUUGCAGUUAACAACCACUGAUGUGCUUGCUGUCACUGCAGAUUUGUUCUGAGGUUAAUUACUUUUAAAGAAGAUCACUUUUGCUGCCAUUGGGGAAUGAAUUGGAAUUGGAACUGGAUUGGAGGGGGGCAAAAGGAGCAAGACUAGAGAUGAUGAGAGAAAUGUAAGAAUAAAAUAAUAGAAAUAAUAAUUAUUAGCGUUUAUUGGACAUUUACUCAGUCCCAAGCGCUAUGCUUAGUGUUUUCUGCACAAUAUCCUUUUAAUUUUGUUUAAUCUCUGCAACAAGCCCUGUGAGGUUUCUCCUGUUUUAUGGAGGAGGAAACUGAGGCUCAGAGAGGUUAAGUAAUUUGCACAAGAUUAUGCAGCUAAUAAAUGGCAGAGUCAGGAUUCCAGCCCCAGCGGUUCACCAGACACUGUAACAGCAAACACGUAGUGCUUACCAUGCCAGGCCCUGUUCUGAGCACUUCUUCACAGACCUUGAAAGGAGGGUAUUAUUAUUCUAGUUUUAAUGAGGAGGAAACUGAGACCCAGAGAAAGUAAAUACAUAUCCUGUAAGCAACUGGCAGGGCAGGUCCUUCUGGUUCUAAAAUCCUAUUCUUUGAGUGUGUCCUUGCUGUGUUUCAGCCUGAGGGGUGCCUGUGUACACACGCACGGCCAGCAGCUUGUGAUGUGGCUUGCUCCUGUUUCCGUGAAACUUCUCCUAACCAGCCUUUCUUGGGCCUCUCUUCCAGCUCUUUCCCUGUGGAGACAGAGGAGGCUCUGUCCUCCCCGGGCCUCGUCUUCUCCUGUACGAUGUGGCUGCCUUUCCCCCAGCCUCAGCAAGCUCUCCGAUCUCCAGUGACCCUCAACCCAUAAGUGAGGAGAGGGGGAGGAGAGAAUGCAUUCCAGAGUAACACGGGGCUGGCUGGUCACUGAGCGAUCGCCUGGCCAGACCGGUUGAGACAUGCUUACACAACCAGUGUGAACGCUGUACCUGGGCCAGAAAAAACAGACACAGAGAAUUUUAAUGCCAAACUUGAAAUGACGAACAAAAUGUUCCUUUUGGGAUUUCUGACGCAGGAGUGAGGAUUUUAAAUAUUGUGUGUUUGUUUAACAGUUGGGGAUAAGUUUCAACUAGGAGAUGAAAAUGAACAGCUAGUAAAUAAUUUUCAAAGCCAGAAUCGAAAGUCCACUGAGGAGGCAUUUCAGAGGGCUUUGUAUGUAAGGAGAGAAAUGCCAACUCUUCUCUCUAAGUUUGCCAGGAAGGAGAGAUCUGAAUUUCUCCUUCUACCGAAGGAGACCUCUGACCCCCGCGCCCCCACUGUCCUUGUGGCUUUACCACUUUCUGCCCUGGUACCUGGGGAGACAGGUGACGGGUGAGCCACCUCCAAGAUGACUAUGACUUAAUUGCAACAUGUGACUUGGGCUUUGGGAGACUUCUGUCCAGGCAGCUGGACCCGUGAGGUUUGAGGGUGCUGGCCGCAUGUCUGACGGAGAAGGGAGCUUAAAACCUGAGGGACCAGACGUCAGACAUGCGGGAGACGGCGAUCCUGGAUGUCACCAAGACACAGAACAUGGCUGCAGACACCUAGUGGGUGAAGGAGUAUGUGGGGGACAGAAGUAUGACUUAGAUAUAUUACUCUUAAUCUAGAUGUCCUCUUAUUCCAAGUACUGACCCCACAAGAAGAUGACACCAGCCUACUAAAUAAGACAGAGAUACUAUUAAGUUAUAAAGUUUGCUGUUAAUUGUCUACCUUGACGGAAAAGAACGAUGAUCCAGAUCUAAGACAGCAGCUAAUUCUACUUAGUCAUGCUCUAUGGUAUGUAGCCGUAGGGAUAUAAGCAGACUUCACAUAAGCAUAAGCUGUUUAAUAAUAAGUCAUCUUUGUGUAGCACUUCAUAAUUUUACAAAGUUCUUUUAUAUGGGUUACCCCAUAUCCCACGCAAAGAGCUUUGACUUCACCCAGAUCAUCCGCCUGCAAGGUCUUUGCUCAUAGCUUCUACACACGCUGGGGCACUGGGGCAUGUGACUUGGAGCCCAGAUACCUGCAAUAAAAUGCUGGCUCCACUCUAUGUGACCUUGGGUAAGUCAUCUAAGCCCUCAGUGUUUCAAUGUCUUUCCCAAUAAAGUGGGGAUAAUGCCACUUCCCCCAAGGGGCUAUGGUAAAGUGUACAUGAGGUAGUAUAUGAAAAGUUUUUUGUAACGGACAGAUGGAGCCAGCUAGUGGAGAGGAGUCACAGGCCAAGUUAGAGAAUUAGUACUCUGUCUUCUGUGCAAUGGGGAGCCAUAGCAGUUUAUGGAGAGAGGUGGUUCUUUUCCUGAUCUCGCCCAGAUUUUCUUUGUCUAUCCUGAAUCCUUCUAAUUUCUUGGACUUUGGAUCUCUUUCCCCUGACAGUGUCCAGCAAAUCCUGAUUGAGAACUAGAAGAGCGAGAAAACUGUUGACAAGUGGCUACAGCAAUAAACACCCAGGAAAGCAAGGAGAGGGAAUAAGUUUCCAAAAGACAGAGCAGGAUAUAAGGUAGAAUACAAUUUAAAAAGAGAGAAAAACAACUUGACAUCAGUUUAUAAGAAUCUCCUGUAGAUUCCAGGGCAACAGUUUUUCUGUGAUGGCUGCAUGGUCAUGGACACCCCAGGGGUAAUGGCUCCAGACUCUUCAUAGGAGGGACCCUUGAGAGGUGAGUAGGGUGGGCUGGGGCACAUGGGCACAUGCCAUGGGGCUGCUUUUGCAUGGCAAGCCAUUUUUUCCUUUCAAAUCGUAAUUAAAAAUCAUUGAUCUGGAAUCAGACUUCAUGAGUUCAAAUCCCCCUUUGCCACUUACUAGCUGUGUGACCUUGGGCAAAUUACUUAAUCUCUUUGUGCCUCAUUUUCUUCAUAUGCAAAAUGGCGAUAAUAACAGUAUCCAUUUCAUAAGGUUGUUGUAAAGAUUAAAUGAAGUAAUAUGUGUAAAGCUCUUAGAAUACUGCAUAGCCCACAAUAAAUACUAUAUAAUCUUACGUUAUUAUUAUUUUUGUUGUUGUUGUUAUAUGUUGACUUGAAGGGAGUUAGAGGGCCAGGAUGGGGAUUAUGGGAGGACGAAUUCUCCCCAAAUGACCUGGCACCACCAGUGAUUAUGAGGUUUGUCCCGGUGCACCCCUCACUUCUGCCAGCCUUUUCUAUCUUCUUUAUGUCCAUCCCCACAGCCUUGGUGGUCUCAGGCAGAGCCCCAUGGGACACCCCCACCCUUCCCAGGAUGGAUCCUGCCCAGACUAGAUCCUAUAUUUUGGCUCUUCUUGUCAUCCGCUCACCUCUAUUCCAUGGCCUGUUCCUUCUUGGUUACCUGUCUCAGAAAGCCACCUCUGUGAAGGGUAGGAGAAGACCUGGAGACCGAUGAUCCAGCAGAGGGUGAAAAGCAGGAGGCAGGCGGAAUUGCUGGGUUGAUAGCUCUGAGUAGGAAAGACGGACUGGAAACUCUGAGUAGGAAUGAGUGUACAAGCAGAGGCGAUGUCUCCUGUCCACACCUCUGAGACUAGUUUCCUCUUCACAGUGACACGUGGCCUUUGACAGUUCCCAACCUCACACCUCAUAGCUUCAUCAUCAGACCAGAGCUAAAAUUUGCUCUCUUUGGAGCCAAGUUAAAAAAAUAUUUGGCUCAGAUGACAAUCCCUGGAUCAAUGAACUGUAGCCAGGGGUCCAGGGUUCUAUUCUCAGCCUAGCUUCAGUCAAAGGCCCAUCGCUUGAUUAAUCAGUGGGGCCUUGGGUGUGGGUGGGAUCUCUGAGAGGAUGGCAUCUUCCAUUUAAACCACAUAAUAAGAGCAUUUCCCAGAAAGGGAGGUGGAUAGAUACAUGGAUGCUAUUUUAGGCCAGCGGUUAAAUAUCUCCUACAUCU